CCUCGAUUGGACUCGCAUGAUCAUCAGAAGGUAGAAUGUGGUUCAAUAGAACAGAAAGAAAGUUGCCACACUGCCACAAUAGGCCAUCAUUUCCUUGAGAGACCCCCUUUGGUCGUUCGUCAUUACAUCCUUACCACCACUGUUCAGACUUACUGGCUCAGCUGAUGAGACGAGGCCUGAGUAGUCUCUACAACCUAUCAUCACAACGCUUUACCAGCACCAGCACAAAGGUCACUAGUUUGAGGACUUCCAGAAUGGCAUACCCGAGCACGUCCUCCUCGCCGUCUGAGAUCUUGUCGAUUCUACCGGACAAGUUUGAAUCGGCUCGCAUGUCUGGCGAGUUGUUCUACUUCCCAAGCACAGCCAAGAAUGUUCAGUCAUCCGGAAGAAGGUUCAACAUUUGUUGUUCUCCCGCUUUGCUGAACAAGGAGAAAGCUAAAGCGGACAUCCUGGCCUCUGUGGCUUCGGAGUCUUCACCCGAUCACAAGCGGCAACGGAUAGAGAAGCAGAACAAUGAUGGAGGGGCAGAUCAAUCUAGCGGUCACAAGAGCUUGCAGAACCCUACGGAACCGUUCAAACCGCCGUACUCGCCGGAUCUGUAUGUCGGUCAUCUCGAAGGGAUAGAUGGAGAGCCUGGCAUGUCAAUACUGCUCAACAAGUACGCUGUCCUACGUGAUCAUAUCCUCCUCUGUCCAACAUCCUACGAGCCUCAGAACCUACCGCCUUCUCCGUCUCAGCUUGCUCUGGCUUAUCUCUUCCUCUUGGCCGCUUCUAGGCAUACAAAGCCGAGACGCAUGAUGGGUUUCUAUAAUGGCGGUCCAGUCGCUGGAGCAAGUCAGAAAUGGAGGCAUAUCCAGCUCAUCGAAGUACCAGAUGGGAGAGCGCCAGUGGAAGAUUGGGUUCAGAGCAUGCGGUUCGAGUCUGAUGACGAACCGCUCAUCCUCCCUCAUGUCCCUUAUCUUCACAUUGUCCAUUCCUUGAGCAAGCUCAGGCAUUUACCUUUCAGUCUCUCGGCGAAUGACUUGGAGCAAGUCGUAGAAAUCUUAGCACCGGCUUUGAUGAGGUGCUUGGACCUGGUCUUCCAGGCCCUGCGAGUCGGCAAGGUGGAAGGCGAGACGGGCUGGAAUCUGCUACUUACUUUGGAUCAUCUUCAUCUGAUACCUCGGACCAAGGCAGACUAUCAACUCUCAGCACCUCACACCACGCAUGUCGAUCUCAAUGCUUGUGCUUAUGCCGGGCUGUUUCUUGUUCGAUCAGAGGAAGAAGAUCAGACGCUAUUGCAGGCUGUCGAGCCUCAAGGGGGUCUCGACGUCGUCCUGAGGCAUUGUGGUGUGUCGCGAGAACACGGUGAACAGGCGAUAGAAGCGAUGAAUGCGCACAAGGGCAUGCUGGAGGAUAUGCAACAGUUGGCGAGGUAAAAAGCAAGAUAUGAACAGCAU